CUCGGUCUCCCCCGUCCUCCUCCCCCAGCGGCCGGUGCGAGGAUGUCCCGGAGACCCCGGCACAGUAUAUAUAGUAGUGAUGAUGAUGAAGAAGAUGUCGAGGUGUAUGAUCACGAUUAUGAUGGUCUGCUUCCUAAGACUGGAAAACGUCACUUAGGAAAAACCAGGUGGACCCGUGAAGAGGAUGAGAAGCUGAAGAAGCUUGUGGAGCAGAAUGGCACAGAAGACUGGAAAGUUAUUGCCAAUUUCCUUCCUAAUCGGACAGAUGUUCAGUGCCAGCACCGAUGGCAGAAGGUACUAAACCCAGAACUUAUUAAAGGUCCGUGGACUAAAGAGGAGGAUCAAAGGGUAAUAGAGCUCGUGCAGAAAUACGGUCCAAAGCGCUGGUCUGUCAUUGCUAAGCAUUUGAAGGGAAGGAUUGGAAAACAAUGCAGGGAGAGGUGGCACAACCAUUUGAAUCCAGAAGUGAAGAAAACCUCCUGGACAGAAGAGGAAGAUAGAAUUAUUUACCAGGCACACAAGAGGCUGGGAAACAGAUGGGCAGAGAUUGCAAAGUUGCUGCCUGGACGAACCGAUAAUGCUAUCAAGAACCACUGGAACUCCACCAUGCGCCGAAAGGUCGAGCAGGAGGGCUACCUGCAGGAGUCCUCCAAAGCCUGCCACUCCUCAGCAGCUGCUGGCUUUCAGAAGAACAACCACUUGAUGGCCUUUGCUCACAACCCCUCGCCGCCUGGCCAGCUGCCGGUGGCCAGCCAGCCCCCGCUGAGCAGUGACUACCCCUACUACCACAUCCCUGAGCCACAGAACGUUCCUGGUCAGAUCCCGUAUCCAGUAGCACUGCAUGUAAAUAUUGUCAAUGUACCUCAGCCAGCUGCUGCAGCUAUCCAGAGACACUAUAAUGAUGAAGACCCUGAGAAAGAAAAGCGAAUAAAGGAAUUAGAGUUGCUACUAAUGUCGACUGAGAAUGAACUGAAAGGGCAGCAGGCAUUACCAACACAGAACCACACAUCAAACUACCCCGGCUGGCACAGCACCACAAUUGCUGACAGCACCAGGACCAGUGGUGACAGUGCACCUGUUUCCUGUUUGGGGGAACAUCACCACUGUACUCCUUCUCCACCGGUGGAUCACGGUUGCUUACCUGAGGAAAGUGCAUCCCCUGCACGGUGCAUGAUUGUUCACCAGAGCAACAUCCUGGAUAAUGUUAAGAAUCUCUUAGAAUUUGCUGAAACACUCCAGUUAAUAGACUCCGAUCCUUCAUCAUGGGGUGAUCUCAGCAGUUUUGAAUUCUUUGAAGACACAGACACUGCGGCUAGCAGAGCUCCCUCAGGCACAGUCGCGCAGCUUCAGCCAAGAGGGGCCAGUGCUUGUAGACCUCAAGGACAGCCCACCACAAAUCUGAGCAGAGUCAUGUCGAGUCAGGGCUCUCCUGGCUCACCAAAGACCUUGUCUGCCUCACAGGGCAGUGUGGCUCCGUGGGUCCUUCUUCGCAGAAGGAGAGGGCACUGCAGCCCCUUAGCCAGUGGCCACGGUAGCACCUUGGUCCUAGCUGACGCCAGCAGCUCAACUCCUGCUAAGCGCUCCCCUGUCAAAAGCCUGCCCUUCUCUCCCUCCCAGUUCUUAAACACCUCAUCCAAUCAUGAAAACUUGAACCUGGACAACCCUGCCCUUACCUCCACGCCGGUCUGUGGCCAUAAGAUGGCAGUUUCCAGCCCGUUCCACAGGGACCAGGCUUUCAAAGCUCAGAAGGAAAACCAUGUUUUCAGGACUCCAGCAAUCAAGAGGUCGAUAUUAGAAAGCUCUCCAAGAACACCCACUCCAUUCAAAAAUGCACUUGCAGCUCAGGAAAUCAAAUACGGGCCUUUGAAGAUGCUGCCUCAAACUCCAACUCAUCUUGUAGAAGAUCUGCAGGAUGUUAUCAAGCAGGAGUCGGAGGAAUCUGCAAUAGUGGCUGGGCUACAUGAAAGUGGACCCCCUUUGCUGAAGAAAAUCAAACAAGAGGUGGAGUCCCCAACAGAUAAAGCUGGAAAUUUUUUUUGCUCAAAUCACUGGGAAGGAGAAAACCUGAACACUCAGCUCUUUACACCUGGGUCUACUAUGGAAGAUGUGCCAAAUCUUCUUACCAGUUCGAUUUUAAAGAUGCCUGUGUCUGAAGAUGAUGAUAGUUUUCACAAAACAGUUGCAGUACCUAGAAACAGGCCACUAGCUAGUCCUCUACAGCAUCUGAGCAACACCUGGGAGUCAGCGUCCUGCGGGAAGAUCGAGGAUCAGAUGGCUCUGACGGACCAGGCACGCAAAUACAUGGCCACCUUCCCCACCCGGACUCUGGUGAUGUGAGAGGGUCCACGCACAGAGAAGCAUUAUGGUCUUGAGAACACUUCACCUCCGCUGGGAAAUUCCUGUUCCUCUGCAUGAGAACUUUUCACGAAUGGGAGAAGAGCCUAUCUUUGUUGUGGUACAACAGUUGGGAGCAGCACAAAGUGCAUUUAGUCACUCAGCAUAUAUAUUCUUGUUGGAUUUCACCCAACUUAAGAGUUUGUGUUUUUUUUUAAUGAUACUUGCCUAAAUUAUUAGGUAUUGAGUUUGAAUCAGAAAUUAAUGAUCUUAAGUGCAGUCUUAUAAUAAAGAUAAUUUUUUUUGUACUUUUUGAGAUCAAACAGACUUAAUACACCAGUAUUGUUAUUUCAGUGAUGUGCUAGCCAGGGGUGGGGUGUAGUUUUUGUUUUGUUUCUUUUUUUUUUUAUUUUGUUUUUUAAUAAUAAAAGAGCAGGUACUCAAACAGAUGUAUUUUAAAUCACUGAACAAAAUGAAUUGGUGUAAAAUACCGAAGUGAAAAGCAUUACUACAAACGCUUGUCUGUGCAAAAUGGGAAAGCUGAUCAAGAUUGUGAAUGCUCAAACAUCCAUCCUCUUGAAAUACUCCUUUCUGUUUUGGUUCUAGGCCAUUAUACAUUGUGUGUUUCUGUUGGGGGGGUG